GUCGAGCAGAAAGCUAGGUGGACGCCGGAGAGAUAGUGAGACACAAACGUCAAGCUCACUCCCCCGGGAUAUAGCUAUAUAUAACAGCACUCAUAUAUAUGGUGCAAAGAAGCACUACAGAAAAUAUGGGGUUUCACCUCCUAGCACAUCUCCCGAAAGGCCUGUGAGUGUCUGCAAGUCACCCACCCGUCUCUUCGGAGGAUUCCUCUCCCCCCGCCAUCCGAACCGCACCAGCCAGGCAAUGACAGCGGCCUCGGCAACCCCGCAGCAGAUGAGAGACCGACUGCUGCAGGCCAUCGAUGGCCAAAGCAAUCAGAUCCACAACAUGGUGGCUGUACUGGAAGUGAUUUCCCAUCUGGAGAAAUAUCCUAUCACCAAAGAAGCACUUGAGGAAACUAGGCUGGGGAAGUUGAUUAAUGAUGUGAGGAAGAAGACGAAUGAUGAAGAUCUUGCAAAGCGUGCCAAGAAGCUGCUGCGUAACUGGCAGAAACUGAUUGAGCCCGGCCAGACCGAGGGGCUGCCGAAGGGCGGGCCUGGAACACCGGGCUCAGCCAAUGGUGGUGCUCAUCCCUGUCGGACAGACACUUCUCCUCCAGCUGUCAGUCCAAUCGGAAAACCAGUCUCGGAGUUGAAAAGCAAGAACGACGUCUACAACUCCUACUCUGCCAAGUCUGAGAAGUCGGGCAGCCGAAAACGCAAGGGAGGUCAGAGAGACGGUCUGCACUCAAAAAAAUCCAUACAUGAGCCUAUACACAACUCCAGUCCUCCAUCUACAAAUGGUGUCGGGGACAGCCCUGAACCCCUUCCUAGCCCCCUGGAUACAAACAUGCACCCACCCUCAGGCAGGGGCCAUGCAGAGCACCUAGACAAUGACAAACACAGUAAAAUCCCUGUCAAUGCAGUCAAGCCUCACCCGAGCUCACCAGGACUUGUCAAACUACCUAGCACUUCCUCCUUGCUCAAAACUGCAGUGUUGCAGCAGCACGCUAAAAUGGAUGAAGGAGCUGGAGGGGGAGUGCAGUCCCAGCCCCGAAGCCCUCGCUGCUCGUCUUUUAGUCCAAAAAGUAUGAAGCAAGAAACAAUGGCCAAGCGGCCAGCCACUUAUGCACCAAAAGGGACUCUGUCGAGCCCAUCUCAGAGCUCCAGGUUUCUGGACAGCUCUACUCCAGUGCCCUCUCCCUUGCCUUCACCUCAGCCUUUAAUACCCUCUGUCCAAGUGUCACACGGUGAGGGACCUCAGUCCCUGGAGCCCAAGUCUUCUCUGUCCUGGCAUGGACUGCCAGAAGAGAACCUGCACCUUCAGCAUAGCACCGGGACACCGGAGCCUCUACAGGACUCCUCACGUACCCCCAAACCUGCCUCACACAAUGUGUGCACAGCGCCGCUUGGGCAGGGCUUCUCUGAGGCGGCCAAGACGGAGAGUGACAGUGUAAACCCCUGCUUCGAGGGGAAGAGGAGGAAGAGAUACAGGCCCAGAGACUACACGGUAAACCUGGUGGGACAGCCCACAGAGGAGAGCACAAAACCAGUACGGUUAAAAGACCGCCGACUGACAUUCGACCCCGUGACAGGGCAGAUAAAACCCCUCACACACAAAGAAUCUUACCAGGGGGAGGAGCCACUUGGGUCACCCCCACCUAAAAGCCAACGGACAGACCUGCUUCAGCAGAACCCCAGUGCACCACUCCCCAGCCCCUUCCAACAGACAAACUGGAAAGAGCUAUAUAGGAAUGAAAUCAUCCAGUCAUACCUUAAUAUUCAAAGCAAUGUGCUCACAUCGUCAGGGGCUCAGACACCUGGUGCACACUUUUUCAUGACGGAGUAUUUGAAACGUGAGGAACAUUAUAUCAAAGAGUCCAGAAAGACACACGUUUUAGUAGCAGAGAGUUCCGAUACGGACUUGCCAGGGGUAAGCCGGGAGGUGACAUCGGAGGACCUCCACAGAAUACACAAAGAGCACUGGCCAGGGGUGAAUGGUUGUUAUGACACCAAGGACAACUGGUACGACUGGACACAGUGCAUAUCCUUAGACCCACAUGGGGAUGAGAGCAAGCUGAACAUCCUGCCAUACGUCUGCCUAGACUGAGAACCCCAGCUCUUUUUCUUCAGAAAGGAGGAAAACAUUUCAAGUGCGUACACUGUGAAUGGUGGGAAGGCAGAACUGCUAACCCCUUCCGCCUCCCUCCUGAGAGAGAAUAAGUGAAUGGGGGGGGUAUGGAAAAGUGGCAGUCGUACCUGCAGUAAGCAAGGUGUCCAACAAUGUGUUUGGCAGGUACAACAAGCUCUAUGUGGCAUAAAAAUGAAUAAAGUAUCCUUAUGUAUGCAUCUAUUUAUUUGACAUUUUUUCUUUAUUUUGGAAGUUUAUAAAACAAGAUGUGAAAAAAAACUGUGGAGCUGUUCUGUUUGCAUCACAUUCUUUGUUUGACCUAUUCUGCAGUUUAAAAAAGGUUUAUUCAUCUGUUGCACAUUUUCUUUGCCCCCACAUAAAUGGGUUGGUUCAUGUCAUACCUACCAACAUUCCAUACUUCUGUCACUUUUCACUAUCGCCUGUAUUUCCUAACACACAGGGAAACUAUCUGCAAAAAUGAUACAUUUUCUUAAAAUGUUU